GUUUUUUAUAUUGUUUUCUUUUAUUAUGGACCACUCUCGUUUUCUGGACUUCGAAGAAUUCUAUCCUGAAGAAAAACAUCCAAGUUUGUUCGAGCAAUCUCAUCUCUCCUCAUCACCUUCAUUUUCCUCCAUCUCUCGCUUAUCCCCAGCAUAUUUAGCUGAGACUCAAGCCAAAACCAGAAAAGAUAAAUAUCAGAAAAUCAUUAUCUUUAGCUCGUUGUUAUCCCUGAUAAUCUGGGGUUCCUUUUUUUUAAUUCGGGCCAUUUCUUUCUUUUAUCAAGAUUACAACAGCUCAUCUUUUCUUUUAAACCAAAAUCCGAAUGAUUACUCCAAUUUAAAACGUCAGGAAAUUUUAAUCAACGAGAUUAACUAUGAUUUAUUCUCGGAAAACAAGGUCCCAAGUCUGCUCUUUAACGAAAAUGUUAUUAACGAGAGCGACUUUCAAGCGAAUAGCAAAAAUCAGUUAUCUUUAAAUUUAAUUAGAAAUGGGACUUUUUCUCCAGAUUUUAAAUCUUUUCAAUGGAUCUCGUCUAAUGAAACUGGUACUUAUUUAACAAAAGAAAAUAACUCUUACGUUAUUAAAAAAAUCAAUAACGAUUCCUACGCAAAUAUCUUAUACAAUAAUACUUACUUUAUUCAUCAGAAUAUUAAUUAUACAAUUGAUGAUUUAAUCGCGUCUCCGAAUUUUGAUUUUGCUUUAAUUCAAUCAAAUAGAACAAAACAAUGGAGACAUUCCUCUUUCUCGAUUUAUUGGUUAUUAGAUAUUAAUUCGUUAGAAAUUACUCCAAUUUAUGAUGAUUCAUCAAAAAUAUCAGUUAUUAAUUGGUCUCCUGAUUUAGUUCAUUUAUCCUUUGUUUUAGAUAAUAAUCUUUACAUUAAAAAUAUUCUUUCAGGCCAAGUUACACAAUUGACUUUUGAUGGUAACCAUGAAAUCUUUUAUGGAAAACCAGAUUGGGUUUAUGAAGAAGAAGUAUUUGAAAAUGAUUUUGCAAUGUGGUGGUCUCCCAAUGGAGACUAUUUAACUUUCAUGAAAACUAAUGACACUUUUGUACCUCAAUUUCCAAUUCCUUAUUUUGUUCAAAGAGAUAAUCAAAAUUAUCCUGAUUUAGUCAAUAUUAAAUAUCCAAAAGCUGGUGCUUCAAACCCAAUUGUUUCUAUGAUGAUUUAUAAUUUAUUAGACAAUAAACUUACAGAAAUCUCUGACUUUAAGCAUCUUAAUGAUCCUUUAAUUACUGAAGUGACGUGGGUAGGAACAAAAAAAUUCCUUUUAAGAGUAACAAACAGAUCAAGCGAUUUAUUAAAAUCCUAUGUGAUUAAUGCUGACUCCAAUACUUCAUAUCUUGUUAGAUCUGAAGACGCUUCAAAGGACGGUGGAUGGUUUGAAAUCACUCAAGAUACUAUUUAUGUUCCUGCUGAUUCUUCAAAAGGCAGGCCUCAUGAUGGUUAUAUUGAUGUUAUUGUUCAUGACGGUUAUGAUCAUUUGGCUUAUUUUUCACCUCCAGAAUCUUUAUCCCCAAAAAAGAUUUUAACCAAAGGUGAAUGGGAAGUUACUAAUGGUGUUUCAGCUUUUGAUCCUGACAAUAACCUUGUUUAUUUUUUAGCGACAAAACGUUCUUCCAUUGAAAGACACUUAUAUUCAGUUGAUUUGAACGGCCAGAAUUUUAAAUCAAUUUCAAAUGAUAAUGAACAUGGUUGGUAUUCUUCCUCUUUUUCAAAGGAUUCAAAAUAUUUAUUACUAAAUUAUAAUGGUCCUAAAGUUCCUUAUCAAAAAUUAAUCAAUCUAUCUAGUAAUAAAAAUAAUUCAACUGAAAAGGACUUUGAUUCAAUUAUAAUCACAAAUAACAAUGAUUUAUCAAAGACCUUAUCCAAAUUUGAUAUUCCAAGAAUUUCAUUUAAUGAAUUAAAUCUUGGUAAGGAUGAAAACAAUAAUGAUAUCAUUGUCAACUCUUUGGAAAUCAAGCCUCCUAACUUUGACCCUUCAAAGAAAUAUCCUCUUUUAUUCUAUGUUUAUGGUGGUCCAAUCUCUCAAUUAGUUCAACAAAGAUUUUCAAUUGGAUUCUCACAUUUAGUAUCUGCACAAUUAAAUUCUAUUGUUGUUACCGUUGAUGGUAGAGGCACUGGCUAUAAAGGCAGAGAUUUUAGAUCUAUUGUGCGUAACAAUUUAGGUUACUACGAGGUGGUUGACCAAUUAUCUGCUGCGAAAAUUUACACUCAAAAAUCAUAUAUCGACUCGGAAAGAACUGCUAUUUGGGGUUGGAGUUAUGGUGGUUUCAUGACUUUAAAAACUUUGGAACACGAUACUGAACAAUUAUUUAAAUACGGUAUCUCUGUUGCACCUGUUACUGACUGGGCUUUCUAUGAUUCAAUUUAUACUGAAAGAUAUAUGCAUACUCCUCAAGAUAAUUCGGAUGGUUAUUUCAAUGCUUCAAUUGGAAAUUUUAAUAUAACAAAUUUUCAAACUAAAAAAAGGUUUUUGGUUUGUCAUGGUACUGGCGAUGACAAUGUACAUUUUCAAAAUUUUUUGAAAUUUGUUGAUAAUUUAAAUUUAAAUUCAAUUGAAAAUAAUUUCGAUAUGAUGGUCUUUCCAGAUAGUGAUCAUUCUAUUAAUCACCAUAAUGGAAAUAAGAUCAUUUUUAAUAAAAUUUUAUGGUGGCUAAAAAUGGCAUUCAAUGGUGAGUUCGAUGGUUUUAAUACUUACAAUUAUCAUAAUGAACAAUUGCUCGGUAAUAAUGAUGUUUAUUAUAAUUCUAUGGGUUAUCAUUCAGAUGAUGAUGAGGAUUACUCUAUUUCUGCUUUAUAAUUAAUCUUUGUGAUAUUUAUUGUUUUUAUCAUUAUCAUUAUCGUUUUGAUGGUGUGAUCGUUAACGUUUUUUAU